GUCUUAUUGGGCCCAAAUCAUGCACCAAAAUAUAAGCCCGCAAAGACCCAAGUGGGCCCAUAACCCCGGACAGGCGCAAGUUAGCGAGAGUUUGAAAACAAAGACUGGAGAGAUAGAUUGGUUGGCCAAAGCACGCACGAACCUCUCGUUUUUCUCGAACUGUUUUUUAACACUCACUCACUCACUCCACUCACAGUCGUCGCAUAAAUCAAACUCUCGCCGAUUCUGAGAAACCUUUCGCGAAAGCUAAACGAUGUCGUAUGUGCCUCCACACCUAAGGUCAAGCUCAACGACCACCACAACCACCACAGAAACCUCAUCUGUAACCCUAGACGAUCAGAGCAAGCUCUCGUACCCCUCCUCCAACUCUCACUUCAACAACGACAAGUCGUCCGCCGCUUCCUUCUCCAGCUUCUCGCACUCCAAUGCCUCGCGCUGGAGCUCCGGCUCUAUCUCCACCGCCAACAGAGCUCUCGCCCGGCCUGACGCAGUCGUCCCUCAGUGGAAGCCCUCCGAACGCGUCCUCCGCAUGAAGCCUGAACUGAUUGAAGAGGUUUGUUUGCGGCUUAAUUUGGAUGUUUCUGUUAGUCCAGACUCUGCUCCUGCUCCUGCACCAAUUGAGUCUUUUGCAGAUAUGUGUUUGCACGCUAGCAUCAUGAAAGAUAUUGCAUACCAUGGAUACACCACGCCAACAUCCAUUCAGGCUCAAGCCAUGCCAGUUGCCCUCAGUGGGAGGGACCUAUUAGGUUGUGCUGAAACUGGCAGCGGGAAAACAGCUGCAUUCGCCAUCCCAAUGAUACAGCAUUGCUUGGCUCAACCUCCUGUUCAACGUGGUGAUGGACCACUAGCUUUGGUAUUGGCCCCGACUAGAGAGCUUGCCCAACAAAUAGAAAAAGAGGUCAAAGCUUUUAGUAAAUCUCUUGAGUCCUUCAGAACUGCCAUAGUUGUGGGUGGAACCAACAUAGCUGAGCAGAGGUCUGAGCUACGAGCAGGAGUUGAUGUGGUGGUUGCUACUCCUGGACGAUUUAUAGAUCAUUUACAACAAGGGAAUACUUCCGUCACUAGAAUUUCAUUUGUCGUUCUGGAUGAGGCUGACAGGAUGCUUGACAUGGGUUUUGAACCACAGAUAAGAGAGGUGAUGCGGAACCUUUCUGAAAAGCAUCAAACUUUGCUAUUUAGUGCAACUAUGCCUGAAGAGAUUGAAGAAUUAGCCCAGGAAUACUUAACUAACCCAGUGCAAGUGAAGGUGGGAAAAGUGAGUAGCCCCACAGCAAAUGUAACUCAGACUUUGGAGAAGGUUUCUGAGAGUGAGAAGACUGAUAGGCUUUUGGCUUUGCUCGUAGAGGAGGCAUCUCGGGUUGAAAGAUCUGGCCAUCCCUUUCCCUUAACUAUUGUAUUUGUUGAAAGGAAGACGAGAUGUGACGAGGUUGCUGAUGCCUUGGUAGCACAAGGGUUGCAUGCAGUUGCUCUUCAUGGUGGUCGUACUCAGGGUGAAAGAGAGGCUGCUCUACGUGAAUUUAGAAAAGGCACUACCAAUAUUUUGGUCGCCACUGAUGUUGCAUCUCGUGGUUUGGAUGUCUCAGGAGUUGCUCAUGUUAUCAAUUUGGAUCUUCCAAAGAGCAUGGAAGAUUAUGUACACCGGAUUGGAAGGACGGGAAGAGCAGGAUCAAUGGGACAAGCUACUUCCUUUUACACUGAUCGUGAUAUGUUCCUUGUGGCAAAUAUAAAGAAAGCAAUCGCAGAUGUUGGAUCUGGAAAUGCUGUGGCUUUUGCAACUGGAAAGACUGCAAGAAGGAAAGAGAGAGAAGCAGCAGCUGCUCAAAAGCACGCUAGGGUUGCUCUAUCAAAGUGCUCAAUAACGGGACCCACAUCCGUAAACAUUGAGGACAAGUAUAGGUUCAUGAUUGCUGAUUCCAACAGUAAACGAGAAGGUGCUGCAGAUAGUGCUUGGGACGACUAAUGACCUUCAGUGCCUCUUUAAUUACAAGCAGCGAGUCGUGCUUGGGGCUUCAAGAUCGUGAGGUUGGUAAGAUGUACGCUGUGUGGAAGCCAGAGUAGAAGUCCCCCACCUCUCUCUCCCUUCCUCCGUUCCACCCACACCUUGUGGCCUGUGUCAGCUGUAAAUGUGCCUGUGCUGUUUAUGCAUGCUUGUCUUGCAAGUUUGGUAAUGUUCAUCUAUAGGCAUGUUACUUCUGACUUGAGGCUUGGACUGCAAAGGUGUUGAAUACAAUUAGUUCCUUGUAAGUUGUCCACUUUUCAGGUCUGUCGUUUUAUAUCGUUAAUGUACCUAGAAUCUGUACCAAGGACUAAGGGUUUGAUGCUUAGGGUUGGCUCAUAGGUUUUGCAUUGUACAUCUUAAAAAUGAAGUUGACUUGAGAAGUUUGUAGUGGAAUGAAAUACUUUGGACUGAUAAUGGCUUCCGAAAGGCAUAUAUAACUUGACACUGUUUUACUCC